UCCUUUGUAACAACAUACUUCUCAAUCCAGCUUUUCGUAGUUCCGCGUUUUUGUGAAGUGUGUAAGUAAGUGCUACCGAGAGAAUAGCGUCGUCAUUUUAAUACUGACAACCAAUGUAAGGGUUAUAAGUUUGCAUUCUUUAAGAAAUUAUUUAAGCAUCAAGUUCAAGUCUGUAAAACUAUAUGAAUUGGUUCAAGUCAUGAGACCGAAUUUAUGUUUAAGAAUGAGGAAGGUCAGUGCGACUAUAGUUAAGCUAGCUAGUGACUCGGAACGCGAGUCGUGCUUUAUUGUGUAUUUUAAUUAACAAUUGUUAAUAGUAGGGGUUAUGUAGGCGCUAUAUUUUGUUUUUAUUUUACUUAUUUUCACAUUUAGCGUCUCCAAACAAAAAGUUAUGAAACGGCUCGUCAAGUUCCACCCAUAACGUUGUCGGACAUUUUGUGGUAAAUACAUGGCGUGACGAGAGUUUUAGUUGCUCUCCUUGUGUUUGCUACAAAAAGUGUUGUGAACGAUGGCAUGUAGUGAUUUAUGAUAAAUUAAUUUUCAAACACAUAAAAUGGUGUUCACUUAGCUCAAAUUAUUACAUAAAUGUGUUUUCGUUUUAACAACAAAAUGCUUCCAUCUGCUGUCCGACAAGGUGAAGCGCUAGUUUGCCGGAAGGAGUGACAUGAAAUAAACUGACAUUAAGGGAUGAAACUGAAACAUUAAUUCUGAAGAGGCUACUGAUGUAUCAGUUGCGUCAUUGAUAUUUAAGCAAUUGUAAUGACAAAUAAUAAUAAUAAAUACCUGAUAACAUAAUAAUUCACAUUUUAUAGCGAUACGUACAGGUAAAUUAAUGAAGCAAACGCUUUGUAUAAAUAUAUAAUUAAUUUAUCCGUGGUCGUGGUAGUUGUAUUUAAAAAUGAGUGCUGUUUGAAAACUGCUUUUUAUCCGGGAGACUAGGAAGGCGGAACCUUUCUCUGCUAGGGGGAAGAUAAUAAAUGACGUACAGGCAUCAAGACACGUCUGCCUCUACUGAGAUAUCUGCUGUUAAAACUUUAGGCUGAUCAUUGCUUCUAAAACAAUAGCUCUACCUGACAAUGUUUCAUUGUUCUGUGGCUGACUGUAAAUGUAAUUUUGUGUCUCUAUUUUCUGGUUUUAAUUAAUUCACAGCGGUGGAUUCGCAAUGCAUUGUGGGGCGCGGAUUUCUUUUAAAAUGCUCGUUUUUCUCCUUGUAUGUACGUUAUGGCAGCUAUCUGGUCCGUUUUAACAUUUUGGACCUGAGCGCGACAGAAAUGAUCCAAAUAUGGGUUUUGCUCAACCAUCAGUGUAGUAGCUUUGUAGGAGGAUGGGGUCUGAAGCUCGCCUUGAUCCAAGUUAAGACUAUACUUUCAGGGAUCAUUUCUAUAGUUUCUAACUGGAGAAAUGUGUUUCUAAAGUGUUUGGUCUCGCUAACCAUGAUGAAGAGUCGUGAUACUCCUUCCUGAGCGGGAAGCGGACAACAGAUAAUGAUUCAGUUCAUACGUCUGUUGUCAUUGAUGACCGUUCCUUACUUCCUUGUGGAGUAAUGAGGGUUGGAGUAUGAUCAGAGUGGUUAUCGGAUACUGUGUAAAGUAAUUGUACCAUCUUUGUGUUGGUCUCGUAAAGCAAUUAUUUAGCCUCGUAGGUGUCUAGUAGUGAAUUACUUUAAAUUCCCGUCCUGAACACGGUGUGUGUUUACUGUGAAAUAUGCUACGUAUUCCAUUGCUCGUCUAAUGUGCAUGUCACCGAUUUCAUGAACCAUCGGUGUAAGAGGAGGAUGAGGUCGGCUGCUGACCGUGUUGAAAGUGAGGAGGGACCAAAGAUGAGUCAUAGUGACAAGUAUGCUAAGCAGAAUGCAAACCACCAGGAAGUCUUAAGUACUGAAGUGCUGGGUGCAGAGUGGCUAGCUUUUCCAUUCAUGGUUUUGCACGUGUUGCGACUUCAUGUCCUCUCUAGAACCACCAAGUGGCCAUUAAUUGUACUACAGGCAGCACAAAUAAGGUUACAUGCCAAUCCAUCGCAGGGAACACACGCCGGUUGUCAAACUGAAUUUUGCGUGGUGCUGGAAGAUUAGAAAACAAUGCGUGACUAUGAUUUUAUCAAUGAAUAUGGCAACAAAUAAGUCACAAAAACUACAAAAUCACAAGUUUGCAACUAAGUUCAUUUCAAAAUAACAUAGGACAGUGGAAGUAAAACUUCCAUCAUUCCAUGUUGUUCCACAAUUACUUACUAUGAUUUUCUGAGACAAUAUUGUUCAAAGACGACUUUGCAAACUCCCAGAACACUGAGGUCUGCACCCACAGCAGCAGGAGAACUGGAGUCAUUGAACAGCACAGCAUUCUGGGACUCGCCAUGUGUCUGGGUUUUUGAUAACUCGUGGUUUGGCCUUUAGUAGACAGAUAAAUGUCUGAUUUUAUUGACAGACAUGUUUACUUAAAUGAACCAUGCUGCGCUCUACAGUAACUGUUUUGACUGCCGCGAUCUUGCAGCUGCGCAGCUGUCUGCAUGAAGAGAGCAGCGAGGAGGAAGGAUGCUGAUUUUUACUAAGUUGUUGACUUGAUUCCCAGACAAUUCAUUGGUCAUUUUUGACGUCUGGAUCUUGCAUCCCUGCUAAAAAUUGCUCAUUUGUCAGUAAUCUCUGUCACUGUGUUCAACGUGUGUGAGAGCGGCGUGGAUAAAUCAAGAGGCUCCGUAUUCCGCAGUGUGUACGCUGGAGUAUGAUCAGAGUGAUGAAUGAGUUGCGUCAUUAAUCUUUAAGCAAUUGUAAUAACAAAUAAUAAUAAAAACAUAAUUCAAAUGUUAUAGUGAUGUGUAUAGAUAAAUUAAUUAAACAAACUUGUUGUAUAAACAUAUAAUUAAUUUGUCCGUGGUCAUGGUAGUUGUAUUUAAAGAUGAGUACUGGUGAAAACUGCUUUUUAUCCGGGACAUGCGGGAGGCCGAACCUUUCUCUGCUAGGGGGAAGAUAAUAAAUGACGUACAGGCAUCAAGACACGUCUGCCUCUACUGAGAUAUCUGCUGUUAAAACUUUAGGCUGAUCAUUGCUUCUAAAACAAUAGCUCUACCUGACAAUGUUUCAUUGUUCUGUGGCUGACUGUAAAUGUAAUUUUGUGUCUCUAUUUUCUGGUUUUAAUUAAUAUACAGCAGUGGAUUCGCAAUGCAUUGUGGGGCGCGGAUUUCUUUUAAAAUGCUCGUUUUUCUCCUUGUAUGUACGUUAUGGCAGCUAUCUGGUCCGUUUUAACAUUUUGGACCUGAGCGCGACAGAAAUGAUCCAAAUAUGGGUUUUGCUCAACCAUCAGUGUAGUAGCUUUGUAGGAGGAUGGGGUCUGAAGCUCGCCUUGAUCCAAGUUAAGACUAUACUUUCAGGGAUCAUUUCUAUAGUUUCUAACUGGAGAAAUGUGUUUCUAAAGUGUUUGGUCUCGCUAACCAUGAUGAAGAGUCGUGAUACUCCUUCCUGAGCGGGAAGCGGACAACAGAUAAUGAUUCAGUUCAUACGUCUGUUGUCAUUGAUGACCGUUCCUUACUUCCUUGUGGAGUAAUGAGGGUUGGAGUAUGAUCAGAGUGGUUAUCAAAUGUGGUGUAAAGUAAUUGUGACAUUUGUCAAGUGUUGGGGAUUAGAGUGAUUUGUCUUCUAAAGAACCAUGCAGCAAAGCAUUGUGGGUGUCCAGUACUGAUUUAAAUUCUCGUCUUAUACACGAUGUGUUUGCUGUGAAACAUGCCAAUGUUCCAUUGCUGGUCUAAUGUGCAUGUGACCGAACCCACUGAAAGAUAUUUCCAUGAACCAUCAGUGUAACAGGAUGGGGGUCGGCUGCUGACCAUGUUGAAGUGAGGAGGGACCAAAGAUGAGUCAUAGUGACUAGUAUGCAAAGCAGAAUGCAAGCCACUAGGAAGUCUUCAGUACUGAAGUGCUGGGUGUAGAGUGGCUAGCUUUUCCAUUCAUGGUUUGACACGAGUUGAGUCAGGGUGGGAAUCGGACUCAGGCCUUUUGAGACAUAAGCCGCUGUGUGCAAUUCCACAACUGUCCUCCAGUACUCCCCUUGCUGCCGCUGAGGAGGUGUUGGUUUUCACAAGUUGAGAAAGUGGGAGUGGGGAUGGGUAGCAUGAAGAGUGCCGGUGCUUCAGACAGACAUCACGCCCUAGUGACAGGAGCAGCUGAAUCCAGAUCAGACUUUAAAAUCGAGUCCACACAUGAAAUUCUAAUGAAUAUUUCAGAAUAAUUAAAUCCAAAUAUUAGUGGAAAAUCUGUUUUCAAACUUGUUAUGGUGCAAAUUUCACCUCAUUAUUCCUCCCAGUGAUCAUUUCCAGGAUGAAAUAAGAUACCUGUAGGCUGGCUCCUUAAAACUGAAUACACAUAUAAACAAGCCACAUGAGUCAGUCUUCUGAAUUGCUCUUUGGAUCCCCAAGAUCUGGCUCCCUCCAAAGAGCCAUAAAUACAUCACUACUGAGGAGUGUCUUGAUACUCACUCAAAAAUGAACAUAUUUUGAUUACAGUCAAUUUGAUGUGUCCACAAUUAUGGUUUAUUGUUGCCUCAAAAUAACUAUUGAAUCAUGGUAAUUAAUUGACGUCAUUGACUCACAUUUACCAUAACAAAGAUACUAGACUAGAUACUAGAUAGGCUUGAAGAAGAUUCUAAUGUAUUAUUGCAGAUAAUAAAUGGAAUUUUGGUGUUUAGAGUCAAUAUUCAACAAUGGAUUUGCAAUGCAUUGUGGGAAUCCACAAUCUGAAGCAUUGUGGAUUCCUCCAUACACAUUUGUUUUCUUGUCGUAUAUUGUGUAAACUCCCAGGUAAACGUUAACAUUUCAGAUGUCCGUGUGACAAAAACAAUCAAAAAUAGGUUUUGAUCAACCAUCAGUGUAAUAGCUUGGUUGGGGGAUGGGGUCUGGAGCUCAUGCUAUGUAAUGUCAAGACUAUACUUUCAGGGAUCAUUUCUAUAGUUUCUAACUGGAGAAAUGUGUUUCUAAAGUGUUUGGUCUCGCUAACCAUGAUGAAGAGUUGCGAUGCUCCUCCCUGAGCAGGAAGCGGACGACAGAUAAUGAUUCAGUUCAUACGUCUGUAGUCAUUGAGGACUGUUCUUCACUCCCUUGUGGGGUAAAGAGGGUUGGAGUAUGAUCAGAGUGGUUAAUGCUAUGUGUAUGACAAGAUGAUUUAGUUCUUUGCUGUAGUCAUUGGUUUAGAAACAAGGUGAUUGUUCUAAUAAUUCUUUGCUGUAGUCAUUGUUUUAGGAGAUGUUCUGAACUUCAUUGUUGUGAGAGUUUUCCCCCAUAGUGACUGUUUUAUCACGAUUACAUGAAGUGCUAAUAUUACCAUAGUGCCAAGUGGUUUUCCUUCGCACACUGCAUGUGACAAAUAUGUAUUAACUUCAAUGAACCUAGUCUUCUCAGGGCUUCUCUUUCUUUCCUGUUCUCGUGAUCUCCAGCAGAGCAGGGAUCAUGUCUGAGUGAGCAGCACAGACAGGGGUGCACUUGCAUUAACUCUUUAAGGAAACUUAUUAUACAGUACAAUAGUUACAUAUACACUACAAGCUUCAACAAACACAUCGGUCGCACCCCCUUGGUAUUGAUACUAUCAAUAUCUACCCCCAUUUCAGAUGACUGAGAACUUGUGACAGGUGAGACUUUGUGUGGGGGGCUUGUAGCGAUGUUGUGAACGGGCUACGGACAAGUGCUUUAAUGUUGAUAAAAUACCUGCUAUUUCCUGCGUCUCCAAACCAAACAUGAUGCCAGGUCUCAUUACUGUACUAUAGAGCUUUGGUUUUACUCUGCGAUGCUUUAACCUUAACAUUAACCAUCAGUGUAACAGUUAGGUAGGAGAAUGAGGUCUGGAGCUCUCCCUGCCUGAAGUUAAGACUAUACUUUCAGGGAUCAUUUCUAUAGUUCUUGACUGGAGAAAUGUGUUUCUAAAGUGUCUGGUCUCGCUAACCAUGAUGAAGAGUUGUGAUGUUCCUUCCUGAGUGUGAAGUGGACAGAGAAUCAUGACUCACUUCAUAUGUUCUCUGUCAUUGAUGAUUGUUCUGUACUUCUAUGUGGAGUACUGAGGGAAGGAGCUUGAUCUGAGUGGUUGUUCAAUCAUCUUUAAUGGUAAUGUUUUUAAAUAUUUCUAUCAUUGGUUGUCUUUGCAUUAAAGCACCCCUCUCCAAACAUAAUGCAUGCUCACAUUACUGUACUAUUAAGAUUUCUUUUCACUCUGCAAUAGGGAUUCUCCGAUCAGGGCCGAUACAGAUCACAUGGAUUAACAAUGGAUUUGUUAUCAAAAUUAGACCUUCUGUGUACAUGAUGUGAAAAAAAUGAGCUUUGAAUCAUUUUAAUUCAUACACUUUUUUAUAUACCUCUUCAAGGAAAAACCUUCCUGAGUGCAGCAAUUAUUCUGUGAAAAGGACAACUGAAAAACAGGUGAAUCUCUGGAGACUGUGCUAUGUCCGUGAAAUAUUUACAUACUGUAGCGGGACUCCGAGACAGAGAGCACUGCAUUUAUGAAAGUUUCCACUCCGGAUGUUUCCAAAAGUUUCAGAUUCAGGUGGCUGACGAACGCUACACCUGACUCGGCGACAGAUCCGGUCGUUUCUGUUUCAGUCUCCGCGUAAUCACCACCUGAGAAAGGCUGGUCAACUAGCUUGAUGAAAUUAACAAUUAUUACUGAUCAUUCUGAAUGUCACGCUUGCACCCGCGGGUGUUGCUAACUGUCAGCUGCGCUAACAGCCUGCUGCUGAGGAACCAGCGGUCUCACUUUCAUGAGCCCAGAAAACUCUCCGUGCUCUGUGCUGAUGCUUCAAAUGGUGUGUUUAAUUUGAAGGCAGUUCCCUGCACAGCAUUUUCACGUGCAUGUGCUGCAGGAUGCAAACUUUACAUGACAAAUUAAAAGAAUCUUUACAGCAGACAUGCUGCAACUUGGUGAGCAGCGGGUAGGAAGGAGCGGAUGCGUCACAACCAGCGGGGCUUCAUCAGAGCACCGGCUGUCACACGUGAUCAGUUGUUGUGAUCGGCAUUCACCGAUCAUGCUGUAAUCGGCCGAUCAUGUUCGGUGACCGAUCGAUCGGAGCAUCCCUACUCUGCCACGCUUCUCUCACAGAUCACCCAUGACAAUUCACUCCACUCAUUCCAACGUGCCUGUGCUCUACACUUUGCCUCUUUUAAUCCCUCCAUUACUUUCAACAGUAACAUAAACAGGUGUAUUCUGUCUUGCUUCUACUGAGCUUCAUUCCACUUGUCACCUGCUUGUACCUCCAACUCAUCUUUACUCUCUCCCCAAAUCUCUAUUCUUUCACCUUCACCUUCUUCUACCGCUUAUCCGGGGUCGGGUCGCGGAGGCAGCAUUCGGAGCAGGGAAGCCCAAACUUCCCGGUCCGCACAAACCUCCAGCUCAUCCCGGGGGAUCCAGAGGAGUUCCCAGGCCAGACCGGAGACAUAAUCUCUCCAGCGAGUCCUGGGUCUUCCCCGGGGUCUCUUCCCAGUAGGACAUGCCCGGAACACCUCCCCAGGGAGGCGUCCAGGGGGUAUCCGGAUCAGAUGCCCGAGCCACCUCAACUUGUUCCUCUGGAUGUGGAGGAGCCCUCACUCGAGAACAAGACCCCGAGAUACUUAAACUCCACCACUUGGGGCAAGAACUCUCCACCGACCUGGAGAGAGCAAACCACCUUAUUCCGGUCGAGAACCAUGGCCUCAGACUUGGAGGUGCUGAUCCUCAUCCCGGCCGCUUCUCACUCGGCUGCAAACCGCCCCAGCGCAUGCUGAAGGUCCCGGUUCGAUGAGGCCAGCAGAACAACAUCAUCCGCAAAUAGCAGAGAUGAAAUUCUGUGGUUCCCGAACCGGAUCCCCUCCGACCCCCGGCUACGUCUAGAAAUUCUGUCCAUAAAAGUGAUGAACAGAACCGGUGACAAAGGGCAAUCUCUAUUCCAUCUUGGUCAAGUUUAAUGAUCUAUUUCAAUGUUUUGUGAUUCAUCAUGAACAGCCAAGAUGAUUGAUGGACAGAUGGCUUGUUCAAUGCCCAUGUGAUCGAACCUACUGAAACGUAUGUUUUCAUUAACCAUCAGUGUAAUAGUUUGGUGGGAGGAUGUGGUCUGGAGCUCACCCUCCCUGAAGUUAAGACUAUACUUUCAGGGAUCAUUUCUAUAGUUCUUGACUGGAGAAAUGUGUUUCUAAAGUGUUUGGUCUCGCUAACCACGAUGAAGAGUUCUGAUGUUCCUUCCUGAGUGUGAAGUGGACAGAGAAUCAUGACUCACUUCAUAUGUUCUCUGUCAUUGAUGACUGUUCUGUACUUCCAUGUGGAGUACUGAGGGAAGGAACAUGAUCUGAGUGGUUCCUCAGUCUUGUAAUGUGUGGAAAGUCAAUAUUAGGGUUUAACUGUUUUUAACACUAGACACUUUCUUUGUGUCACAGUUACUGACUCCAAACCAAACGCCAUGGUAGGUGAGUGUGAAGUGGACAGAGAAUAAUGAUUCUGUUCGUAUGUUCUCUGUCAUUGAUGGCUGUUCUUUACUUUCCUUUGGAGUAAAGAGACAAGGAACGUGCUAUGAGUGGUUAUUCAAGUUCUUGAACAGUAGAUCUACGUCAUACGUGCUCUGCCCUCUGAUGGGCUUCGCUAUUGGCUACAUAAUCUCAAACUACAUCAAUAUCAAACGACCUGUCCCGCUUAACUCCCAUCGCCAGGAAUGCCAUGUUUAUUCCAUUUACAACUGGAUCCACUUUUGACCAGUGGGCCAACAUGGGCAUCAAAUCAAUACGUGAUAGGUAUUGUGAUGGAAUGUUUGGUCCUUUGAACAAAUAUGAACAAAAUUUUAAAUGAGUGUGAGAUAUUUACAGAUGAGAAGUUUUACUGCCUCUGACUCUGCAUGUUUCUGUCCUGUCCACCACCUCCCUCCUUGAUUCGGUCCUUGGGUGUAACACACCCAUUAAACAAACCAUAAUAAGAAUAUAUCGCUUACCAAAUGUUCAUAACCCCACAACACUUGAUCAUGUGACACAGAAGAGGGAGACAUUGGGCGACACAUAUCUGAAAAUGUCUGGCAAAGAGCUAUAAAAAGAAUCUAUUCAUCACCUAUUUGCCUGUGUGGUCAUUCAAUUUAGGAUUGUACAUUGCCUACAUUGGUUCAAAUAUAAGCUAACAAAAAUUAGCAGUAAUUUUAAUUCAGCGUGCGAUAGAUGCCACCAGUUUCCUGCCACUCUGUUCCACAUGUUUUACUCAUGUUCAAAGCUCACUGUAUUCUGGGACUCAGUUACUGGGACUCACAAUUAACGCGAUGCAUUUCCCAGCACUACAUAAGUAGCUAGUACUUUCCCAGCUGAGGUGGUAUCAUUGGGUGCUGUUUGAAUGUCAGGCUUGGUAGAAGAUCAUUAAUGACCAAGGCGAGGAAAGUGUAGCCUGACACUGAAUGCCACUGUUGACAGUUUGACUAUUACAGAAAAAAAGAAAACAGAAUUAACUAAUGUUCUUUUAAGAACUUGAACAACCACUCAGAGCAUGUUCCUUGUCUCUUUACUCCACUCUCUUUAUAAGAGAGCAAGGCAGGUUGGAACAAGUGGAGACAACUGUCAUGGGUGAUCUGUGAGAGAAGAGUAGCAGAAAAAGAUAUGACAUAAGCACAUGGCCCGUACAUGUCACAGGGCUUCACUGACCACCAUGGACUCCAGUCAGCAGUCCUGGCCAGGGGUUGGCCAACUGCACAGGCCAAGACAGCAAUGCAGCACUGAGGACCAUACCUGUAUAUUGGACUGCGAUUGAGAAGGUGGCGAACAGGAACUGUGCACAGGUAUCUUUAACACCUACUGAUAUAUCAUAUCAACUAGUUUCAUGUCACAUGACCAUCAUGAUGAUUCACUGUUCUAUUCACUGACAAUUUCAAAUCUGACCGUGACUGUUUCUGAUUUUCAGUCUUUCAGUCUUUAGUGCUGCUGAGGCAGAGUCCGCAAUGCGACCCAAAUCUGCUCCAUGACAUUCAACGGCCUCCUUAAAAGUUUAAAUGCUGUCAAACGAUCAAUCAAACGACCUGUCCCGCUUAACUCCCAUCGCCAGGAAUGCCAUGUUUAUUCCAUUUACAACUGGAUCCACUUUUGACCAGUGGGCCAACAUGGGCAUCAAAUCAAUACUUGAUAGGUAUUGUGAUGGAAUGUUUGGUUCCUUUGAACAAAUAUGAACAAAAUUUUAAAUGAGUGUGAGAUAUUUACAGAUGAGAAGUUUUACUGCCUCUGACUCUGCAUGUUUCUGUCCUGUCCACCACCUCCCUCCUUGAUUCGGUCCUUGGGUGUAACACACCCAUUAAACAAACCAUAAUAAGAAUAUAUCGCUUACCAAAUGUUCAUAACCCCACAACACUUGAUCAUGUGACACAGAAGAGGGAGACAUUGGGCGACACAUAUCUGAAAAUGUCUGGCAAAGAGCUAUAAAAAGAAUCUAUUCAUCAUCUAUUUGCCUGUGUGGUCAUUCAAUUUAGGAUUGUACAUUGCCUACAUUGGUUCAAAUAUAAGCUAACAAAAAUUAGCAGUAAUUUUAAUUCAGCGUGCGAUAGAUGCCACCAGUUUCCUGCCACUCUGUUCCACAUGUUUUACUCAUGUUCAAAGCCCACUGUAUUCUGGGACUCAGUUACUGGGACUCACAUUUAACGCGAUGCAUUUCCCAGCACUACAUAAGUAGCUAGUACUUUCCCAGCUGAGGUGGUAUCAUUGGGUGCUGUUUGAAUGUCAGGCUUGGUAGAAGAUCAUUAAUGACCAAGGCGAGGAAAGUGUAGCCUGACACUGAAUGCCACUGUUGACAGUUUGACUAUUACAGAAAAAAAGAAAACAGAAUUAACUAAUGUUCUUUUAAGAACUUGAACAACCACUCAGAGCAUGUUCCUUGUCUCUUUACUCCACUCUCUUUAUAAGAGAGCAAGGCAGGUUGGAACAAGUGGAGACAACUGUCAUGGGUGAUCUGUGAGAGAAGAGUAGCAGUAAGAAAACUCUAUAGUAGUGAUGUGUUCGCUGUGUUGACCCUUCGGUGCGUGUACCGAGUAAUCUGGCAGCGAGUAUAUGAACAGCGCACCGAGAAAUGUUCAAAUGACAUAUCUGAUGACGUAGCUGAAGACGGUUGAAGCCUCGAACAGACCGUACCACGUGACAGGUUCAGGAAGUGGAUCGAGCAGUUCAAUUCCCGAUUUAAGCGGCACAAAGCGCAAUGGAGGUCCCCCGUUUUGUCACGUUUUGUGAGCAUUUGGGACCGUUUUGUGAGCAGCUGUGUGUCGAUUAUCGAUUACUGUUGUCAUGGAGCCAUCGAGAGAGAGAAAGUUUUCCCCGGUUUGGGAACACUUCAAUCUCAUCUCUGCCAACAAGGUGAAGUGCAGGUUGUGUUCGAAAGAGCUCAGAUACAACAACAACACUUCAUCUAUGUUGAGGCACUAUUGGGCCCUGCAUGAGACAAAGGAGACCGGUUCUGAGCAGCCCAGCAUCGAUGAUAGGAGUGGUGUGGACGAUGCUUUGGUUGACAUGGUCAUCCUUGACUCUCAGCCCUUCUCCUUUGUGGAGGACAAGGGGUUCAAGAAGCUUGUUGCUGCUUUGAACCCUGGCAAUGUCCUUCCUACCAGACAGGCUUUGAAAGCCAUGGUGGAGAAGCGGUAUGAGGAGCUCAAAGAGAAGGCCAAAGUGUUGGUGUCAACUGCUUCAGCAGUUAGUCUCACAUCAGACAUGUGGACGUCCAUCAACACGAAUGCCUAUCUUGCUGUGACUGGGCAUUUCAUUGACACUAGCACAACGUUGCAAACGGUUGUGCUGGGAGUCGUUCAUUUUCCGCAGUCCCAUACAGCGGAAAAUUUGGCCCAGGUGAAGUCCAGGCUCAUGUUGGAGUGGGGCAUCACCGACAGAGUCACUUGUUUAGUGACUGAUGGCGCACCAAAUAUGGGGGCCUGCAGCCGGCACCUUCAAUUGCGUCACACAAAUUGUGUGGCGCAUACAUUGAACCUCUUUAUUAAAAAGGCUAUUGAGCAAAAUCCUGUGCUGUCCAAAAUCCGCAUUGAUGCAAGGAGGCUAGUGGGAUAUUUUAAGAGUAGCACAACUGCGAAGGAGCGGCUCAGCCAAAUGCAAGUUCACAUGGGCCAAACAACCCUGAAACUUGUGCAGGAGGUCGACACUCGGUGGAACAGCACCUUCCAUAUGCUCCAGCGGCUCCAUGAUAUGAAGGAGCUCGUUGGAGCAGCAUUGGCUGGCCUGAGGACCGAGAUAGCGCCACUCACAAUGGAGCAACUCUGAAAGUCCUGGCUCCCUUCAAUGACGCUACUGUGGAGCUGUCUGAGGAGAAGAGGGUGUCAGGAUCGAAGGUGAUUCCCCUUCUUUCCAUGUUAUGCCAUUCCCUAGAGGAAGAGGAGAUUGGCAUUCUUCAAAUGCUGGAGUCCAGAGACAUGGCAGAGACUCUGAGGCGCCAAUUAAAAGAAAAACUGAACAUCAUACAAACCACGAGUGUGCACUCACUGCCGACGCUGCUAGAUCCCCGAUUUAAAAAAAUCGGCUUUCAUUCUCCCAGCAGAGCAGAGGGGGCAGAAAAGAGACUUGUGGCAGAGUGUGCUGCAAUUGUAAGGGCCACAACACCUACCUCCUCUGCUGCCUCCUCCUCUUCCACCUCCUCUUCCCCCUGCUCCAGCUCCCCAUCAUCCCCAACCAUACCAGAGGCUCCUCACUCUACAAGUAAAGGCAGCAAACUGUGGCAGCGGUUUGACAAGAAUGCCAGUCAAACACGCUCCAGCUGCACGGCAGACUCCAUUGUGGAGGUGAAAAUGUACCUCGCAGAGCCUAACAUUCAUAGACAUGAUGAUCCCCUCCGCUAUUGGGGGGACAAACAAAUGAUAUACCCACACUUGUACAUAUUGGCAAAAAAAUACCUCUGUACCCCCACCUCAUCUGUCCCAUGUGAAAGGGUUUUUUCAAAGGCGGGGGAAAUUCUGUCCAAGGAAAGAAAU